AUGAAGAGUUCUGUUAAGAUUGUGGAUGAAAAGACAACGAUCAACCUAGAGGUCAGUAGCUCCAAGACCAUCGACCUAAAAAUCGAUGAAGUCCCGAUCCGUAGUAAUAUUCGACAUGUUCGUCGUCAUGGUGAAUACAUGCAUAUUGCUACGAAGACAGUGGAUGGAAAGACGACGAUGAACCUAGAGGUCAGUGGCUCCAAAACCAUCGAUCUAAAAAUCGAUGAAGUCCCCAUCCGUAGUAAUAUUCUACGUGGUCGUCUUCAUGGUGAAUACUUGCAUAUUUCUACGAAGACAGUGGAUGGAAAGACAAUGAUCAACCUAGAGGUCAGUAGCUCCAAAACCAUCGACUUAAAAAUCGAUGAAGUCCCCAUCCGUAGUGAUAUUCUACAUGGUCGUCUUCAUGGUGAAGACAUGCAUAUAUCUACGAAUACAGUGGGUGGAAAGACGACGAUGAACCUCGAGGCUGGUAGCUCCAAGACCAUCGAUCUCAAAAUCAUCGUAGACUCGACCCGUCGAGAUACUCGACCCGACGUUCGCCAUGUACGUGGCGAAAUGCAGAGCUCUAUUAAGAUUGUGGAUGGGAAGACAACGAUCAACCUAGAGGUCAGUAGCUCCAAGACCAUCGACCUAAAAAUCGAUGAAGUCCCGAUCCGUAGUAAUAUUCGACAUGUUCGUCGUCAUGGUGAAGACAUGCAUAUAUCUACGAAGACAGUGGAUGGGAAGACGACGAUGAACCUAGAGGCUGGUAGCUCCAAGACCAUCGACCUCAAAAUCAUCGAAGACUCGACCCCUCGAAAUACUCGACCCGACGUUCGUCAUGGUAAAAUCAAGCAGAUUUUCGUAAAGACUUUGACAGGGAAGACCAUCACCUUAGAAGUGGAAGACUCGGACACCAUCGAUAACGUGAAGGCCAAGAUCCAGGAUAAAGAGGGUAUUCCGCCGGACCAGCAGAGGCUGAUCUUCGCUGGCAAACAGCUUGAGGAUGGUCGCACAUUGGGCGAUUACAACAUCAAGAAGGACUCGACCAUUCACUUGGUACUGCGUCUCUAA